AUGUAUGGAAGGGUGGUAAAAGACGGUUUCAGCAGCAGCGGGGAGUACCUCCCGCAGGAGCAGACCAGACUAUCACUCUGUCCAGCCCACUACAACACCGCCCCGGUCUCCCAAGAGGAGAGCAUCCGCUCGGCCGGGUGGAAGGCGGGCUCCAUGAGCGACGAACAGGAUGAAGCUAACGUGCUGCGAGGGGUCGCCCACCGCAUGUCCCAGGGCAUCGAGAUAAAGACGCACAAGCACCUACUUCGUGCUUUCCGCAACACAUUUCUGGGGAUGGACGCGGUGGAGUGGCUUAUCACCGACCCGAAGAACGGGGUCAACGAUCUCGACGGGGCUAUCCAGGUGGGGCAGCGUCUAAUCGAGCAUGGGUAUAUCGCCCGAGUCUCACGCGAGCUCAAGGCUCAGCAAGUGCGACAGUUCGCUCUGCCGGACAAGAGGAAGAGCGAGUUCCGCGGCGGCCACUCCCUGUACCGCUUCGACAUGCUCCGCAUCAGCCCGUUUCAGCUCCACGUGACGGUGCGGCGCGCGCGCGGCCUGAAGAGCAUGGACCUGAACGGCAAGAACGACCCGUACGUGAAGCUGCGGCUGGGCACGCAGUCGAAGGAGACGCGGGUCCGUAUGAAGACGAACGACCCGGUGUGGGACGAGCGCUUCGUGUUCGGGGUGCACAGCAUCGAGGCGCAGCAGCUGCACGUGUCCGUGUGCGACUACGACACCUUCAAGCGCGACGAUCACGUCGGCAGCUGCAAGAUCGGGCUGUCGCACUUGCCGUGCCACUCCUCCGAGGCCGCCGCCUUCGGAGAAGGGUACCAUCGCGAUUCCACGGGGACCCUGCUGGGGGAGGAGGACAGCAGCGGCCACAGCAGCAGCUGCUUCGACUUACGCGGCGGCGGCGGCGGCGGGGAGAACGCGUCGUUGCCAAUGGAUCACGAGACGAGAUCGGAGAUGGGGGGACAAAAACAAGAAGGCGAGCUGUUGGAGGGGGGCGGCCAAACCGGUAACGGAUCGUCUUCUUCCCUGGGGGGGCCAGAGGGGAAAGGUCUAACCUUCUACCGCCUGCUGGCGAACAACGAAAAACGACCGCAAAAGGGGGACGCCAGCGUGACGUCACGGGACGAGUUAGGUGGUGACAAGUCCUCGUGCGGAGAGAUUGCUCUCGACAUCCGAGUCACCAGCUUGGAGCCGAAACCGUUACCGGUGCAAGGCGAGGCUAAGUUCUGCCUCCGGUGCCACAUCUGGGAUGUCUACGGUGUCACCUCUCCGGAGGAACGCAACCUCAUGGCCAUCAACAGCACCGUCGUAAAACACAAGGCCGUCUUGAACUUGUGCGGAAAUCGCGUUUCUUCUGGAAGCUUCGAACGGAAUAAGGGGAAGGAGAAAAAAACCUCGUUCAACGGGUCGGUGAUCACCCUCGAUGCGAAGGCCAACAUGGCAACGGACCUCAUCAAGUUCGUCGUGACGCAAAAAGUUUCUCCCGUGGAGAUGGCCUACAAGCCCGUGGCGACGGUGGUGAUCCCGCUCCGUAGCAUCCCGGUCAUCUUCCCAGAAGACGCCGCCAAAGCCGCUUCGGAGAACAAAACAUCACCCUCGUUGGACAAGAGCAACGACCAGCAGGAGGAGGAAGGGGCGGAGGGGAGGGCACCACCCUCCGAGGGCACCGGUGCGUUGGACGGGAGGAGCAGGAGAUCGUGUCUUAGGAGGGGCUCCUUGAGCGUCGGCGGCGGCAGGGUUCGGAGCGGCGGGAAUCGUGCCGGUUCGGGAGCGAGCGGGGAUGGGGAGCAGCAGCGACCACCGGCGACGGCGAGGCCGUACCACUUGCAGACGCUGGCGGGGCCCAUGACCAACAGGACCAUGGGGAACGGCUUCGUGCUCAUGUCUCUCACGCUUGUGGCGAGCGGCAAUGAUCUCUUGGGGGAGCCGGACGAGCGGGAUGGGGAAGACGUCAAGGGACCGCUACCACCGCCUCCCGAUCCCCUUACAGACGCGAUCCUCGACACGCAGCUCUCCUCCGGGUACCAGCGGCUUCGAAAAGCGCUGCUGUGGAACGACUCCAAGCUGCAGGCCGCGCUCGUGGACCUGCUGAACCACUCCGAGGUGGAGCAGUCCUCAUGGGUGGACAGGGAUGGCGAGGCCGCUGCACAGGAGAACCUCACCGGCUGCACGAGACGGCGCUCUUUCAUGCUCCCCAAGAGCGCGAUGGUGGCCGCUACAAGGGCCGAGUGCCACGAAAUCGUCUUAGCCGAUGGCCCUUCGUUCCUGGCCUUUGAGACGAGGACGCAGACACCCGGGGUAGCCUACGGCGACAAGUUUACGGUGGUGAACCAGUACGUCCUCACGAAGGAGGGUCCGGAGGCGUGCCGACUACAGAGCUCGUCGCAGACAGACUUCAGCGACAGGAUCAUGGGCUUCGUGCACAACCAGAUCGUGGCAGCGGUGGCCAAGGUGUCCAAGGAGAACCACGGCCACCUCCAAAGCCUCAUCGAGGAUGCCAUCAGCGGCAAGGGGGGCGGCGGGGCCGGGCGGAAGUCAAGCAGGAAGCGAAGGCGCCAUAGGUAG